CCCCGCUCCGCCCCGGCCGUGCCCAGCGCCCCGCGCCGCUUCCGCCUGCCCCGGGCACAGGCACCGGCCGCAGAUUCCCAGCACAGAGAGGUCCCGGUUCCGAGAUGAGUCCCUGAGCACCAAAGGGUUUGUGUGGUACGAGGAGCGCGACCGGGGCAUCCCCAAGCCCCACAGGGAGACAACCCUUUGCCAUAAGAUGCUUUUCCCAUCCCUGCUUCAGUCCAUGGUCCAGGCCAGCAGCUGAGAGAUGGCACAGAGUGCUGAGCUUCAGCCGAGCUUUGAGGACGUGUUCAACAUUCUGUCCCAGGCCCCACCAGAGAAACUGCUGAGCCUCAAACUCAAACUGAAGCACUCAAUCCCUGGGCCCUGCAGCAAGUUACUGCAAGCCAUGGUCCUGCUCACUCUGGGGCAAGAAACCGAUGCAAGAAUUUGUCUGGAUGCCUUGAGGGAUAACCAGGCAGCCCAGUACAUCCACCAGAUCAAACUGGGCGCUGCAGGAGUGCGGGAAGACAGGGAGGAUUUGCAGCCUCCCCAGCUGGAUGCAGGUGCCGUGGCACUGCUGGCACAGGUGUACACAGUGUUGGCACAGGAAAAGCUGUGCAGUCCUGAGGCCAGGGACAAAGCCUGCCAUGCCAGCAAGGACACUCAGCGGGGGACACUCAACAACAUCCCAGCCGAGGAACAGGACAAACAGGGCUCUGCAGCCAGUGUGGGCUCAGGGGACAGCUUUUGGACGCUGAGAUCCCAUGAGGAUGCGGGAGUUCCCUGCACAGCCAGUUCCAACUACGUGGUGAGGAGUUCUCCAGUGCAGAUCGGAGGCAACUCAGACCUUUCAGGCCCCCAGACCUUGUGCUCUGAGGAGAGUUCCUCCCUGUCCAGCUGUUUGGAGAUCAGUGCAUCACCAACAGUUGCUUUUCACACCCAGCCCUCCAUCCUCAAGCCUGUCCCCCAGCCCAGCCGUGCUGGACACCCCGACGGGGACGGACUGAGCCACGGCCCGCAGGAAUCUAGCUGGGCCAGCACACCCAGCUCUCUCCCCAGGCAGGACACGGCUGCCCACGGGCCCCGGCCAGAGAAGGUUCUGCAGGUCAGUCCCUGUCACCCCACACUCCCCGUUCCUGAGACGCCGCUGCCCUCGGAGCCUGCCCAAAGCAGAGAUGUGUCCAGCACACUGACACAGCCUCACACACAAAGAGAAAAGCAGGAUGAAAAGCAGGAUGAAAAGCAGGAUGAAAAGCAAUUAUCUACUGGUAUCCCUGACCCAAGGGGUGCAGUGGAUACUGCUCCUGCCCACGUGUCCAUAGAGGACUCCUACAUUCCAGCAGGCAUUCCUUGUAACUCUGCACCUGCUUCUAUUUCAACCUGUUCCCUUCCUCCUCCUACUUACUCCUUCUCCUCAACUCUUCCUCCUCUUCAGGAAUCUCACUCCAACGCACUAUAUCCCCCUCCCCUGCACUCAUCCCCCUCUCCAGCCUGGCCUCCUCCUGCUCUCCCACCCAUGGAUCCAUCAGAGCCAGAUGGUGCCAAGUUCUUCACGUUUGUUGUCUUGCACGCCAGUGAAGAUGAGAUUGAGGCCCACCGGGUCAAGAACCUGCUGGAGAGCCUGGGGGUGUCCAAUGGUGCCACACUCAGUGAGGAUUUCUUCAUUGCUGGCCGCAGCCACAUGACUUGCUUCCAGGACGCCAUGGAAAACUCUGCCUUCAUGAUCCUCCUGCUGACCAAGAACUUCCCGUGCAACCUGUGUCAGUUCCAGACAGACACUGCUCUGAUGCAGUCCAUCCUGGACCCCUCCAAGCAACACUCAGUCAUCCCGUUUUUACCCAAGGUGAAUGCCCUGGAGUGCAGCCGGAUUCCCACGAUGCUCAGUGUGCUUGUGACCCUGAAGGAGAGCUCUCCUCUCUUCUCCAGGAAUGUGCACAAGACUUUUAACCCCAAGAAGAUCAGGGAGAAGAAAGCCCUGUGGGACCAGAUGCAGAGAAGGAAGCUCCAGGCGUGUUGGGAACGGUACCAAGCCCAGCAGAACUUGGCUGCCCUGAGCCUGGGCUCCCCUCCCUGGGUGCCUCCAGCAGCGCCACGGCCGUGGCCACCAGAGCCAUCACCCCAACCCUGGUGUCCCCCUGCCCCGAUGGACGCCCUGCCUGCUCAGAGCGGUCCUCCCCCUUCCCAAGCACAGCUCCCCCCAGGCCACUACAACAUCGUGCCAGGCCAGGGAGGGAUCCCAUCCCUCAUCAUCCAACACGCCCGGAUGGUUCAGAUCGGGAACCACAACAUGAUGCAGGUGGAAACUGCCACACCUGGGCCCCAGGACAGCCAGGAGCAAACCAGGCACAAUGUCUGACCCGGGGCAGCCGAGGUUGGAGACACAAUUAAUUUCAAAUCCUGGAUUAGAGUGAUUCUGCUGGGACUGGGACUAUUAUUCUAUGCAUCAAGAGUGCCAUUUUCCUGAAGCACAAAAGAAAAUUCUUCAUUUUUUGUUGGAAAAAAGACAUGGAGAUCUCUUGGAACUGUUUCUCCUUGUGCUUAUGUUCAAGUAACUGAGAAAAUUAUUUUCCUGAUUCUGUGGAGCUACUUGAAGAUUUUAUAAAUAAAUUUUAAUUAAUUUA